AUGUCGGUUUUUUUUGUAGGUGGCCCACUGGAUUAUUUGUUUCUAGCUCAGCCACUGCCUCAGAAUAGUUUAGGACCUGAGAAGUCCUUUACUCCAUUAGGCAAAACAAUGGAGGACUGUGCAGCCACCCCUGUUCGCCGCCCUGCCGACCCCUCUUCCCCAUCCCCAACCCCAUCUCCCUUAUCUCUGCGCCAGUGGCGCCCAGCGGCGCAGCGCAACCUGCGCAACCAGUGGUCGCGCCUGCUUGCCGCCAAGACCCGGUGGCUGGACGCCGCCGCCAGCGGCCGCUCCCAUGCCGCCACGCUCGUCAACGCCUACCUCUCCCGCAGUUACAUGCCAGGGAUGGAUUUGGGGGUGCUCAAGGACAUGCCCAGGAUCCGCGACAGGGCGAGCGCCAAAUUGACCCACAAGGAGGUGCAAUGCCGCGAGAUGCUUCUAUCAGCCUACAAGGAGAUGGUCUGUGCCAUGUCCGACUUGGUUAAAGCUUCUCAUGCCAUGCGGUGUUUCUCCAAAGUAUCUUCUGGUAGCCCACUAGUCCGAUUUACUGAUCGGCAGGAUGAUUUGAAUGAUUUAGGGGAUGGUGGAGGAGCUCCAGUAUACAGAUGGAUCUCCAUGUUAGAAUUUGAAAACCUCGCCAAAGAGCUUGUUGAGAUGUUUGUUUCAGAGCUACGAUUGAAGAGACUGAUUGUCUUGGACCUCCUGUCAAUUAACUUAAAAGAAGGUGCAGAUCCUUCAUUAGAAUGGUCAGAUGAGUUAUAUGACGGGGAAUUCAACGAAUUUCAGAGGAUUGGCCUGGGGUCUGGAGACAGCUUCCCACUACCUGAGAAUUGGAAGGCUGAUGUCUUACAGGCACGGCGACCUGGACAUACCCCAUCCCAUGAGGUUUUACAGGUUUAUUUAACCUCUUGGCUUGCUAAUGUGAACAUCAAGACGAGUAGAAUUGACGAAAUAUUUGAGCUUGUUGAGGAAGAGAUGCAGAUCAAAUUGCGUUGA